AUGUACACUAUUGAGUUCCAAAAGAGGGGUCUUCCACACGCACACAUUCUUUUAUGGCUCGACGCAAGUAGUAAACUCAAAUCACCUGAUAUGAUUGAUGUUGUAAUAUGUGCUGAGCUUCCAGAUCCUGAGAGUGAUCCUAUGCUUUUUCAGGCUGUUUCAAACUAUAUGGUUCAUGGACCGUGUGGAUUAAGUAACACGAAAUCUCCAUGCAUGAAGGAUGGUCAAUGUUCCAAAUUCUUUCCCAAAGAAUUCAUAGAUCAUACAUCAUUUGACAGUGAUGGAUAUCCUAUUUAUAGAAGGAGAAAUACUGGCAUCACAACAAUCAGAAGAGAUGUGCCAUUGCAUAAUGGGUUUGUUGUUCCAUAUAAUACGAAGUUGUUGUUGAAAUAUCAAGCGCAUAUCAACAUUGAAUAUUGCAACAAGUCAAAUUCGAUCAAGUAUUUGUUUAAAUACAUUAAUAAGGGUGUCGAUCGGGUUACAAUGUCUAUGUCUGUUGGUGAAAAUGUCAAUGGGGUUGACGAGAUCAAACAAUAUUAUGAUUUUAGAUAUAUUUCACCAUGUGAAGUUGUGUGGAGAAUAUUCAAGUUCAAGAUCCACCAUAAAUGGCCACCAGUGAAGAAAUUGCGGUUUCACGUAUCCAACAAGCAGGUUGUUGUUUUUAAAAAUGAUGUUGCAGUGGAUGGUGUGCUAAAUCGUUCAAGAAAGAAAAUCACAAUGUUCAUGGCAUGGAUGAAGGCAAAUGCCAAAUAUGACAUUGCUAAGGAUUUAACUUAUGCUGACUUCCCUUCCAAGUUUGUGUAUGAUCGCGCUAAGUGCGAGUGGAGACCUCGGAAGCGAAGUUUCUCCAUUGGAAGAAUGAACUUCAUGCCUCCUGGAACCGGCGAGCUAUUCUAUAUGAGGCUAUUACUAAAUGUGCAACGUGGGUGUAGCAGCUUUGAAGAGUUGAGGACUGUGAAAAACCACACUCAUGAUACAUUUCAGGAAGCCUGUGAUGCGUUGGGUUUAUUGACUGACGAUCGACAAUUUAUUGAUGCUAUACAUGAGGCAUCUGAGCUAGGUUCCGGGCUUACAAUUGACGAGGAAAGUUUACGGAAACUUUGUUUGCUGGAGAUUGAAAAGAUUCUAUUGGUUAAUGGAAGAUCGUUGAAAUACUUCAAUGGCAUGCCCUAUGCUGAUUCAAACUUACUUGCUGAGUAUGGCAAUUUGCUAAUGUUUAAUGAAAUGAACUAUGAUACUAAUGAUAUGAGUCUUUUGCACACAGAAUGUAUGCAGAAGUUGAACCCAGGCCAGAUGAAUUUGUUUUGUGAGAUAAUGGCAGCUAUUAGUAGUGAUAAAGGGGGUUUCUUCUUUGUUUAUGGGUAUGGAGGUACUGGGAAGACAUUUCUUUGGAAAACUUUAACAUACAAACUUCGAGCUGAGAAAAAAAUAGUCUUGAAUGUUGCAUCUAGCGGUAUAGCAUCGUUGUUAUUACUAGGAGGUAGAACUGCCCACUCAUUAUUUUCCAUCCCUUUAAAUUUGGAUGAGGACUCAUGUUGUUUUAUAUCACAACGAAGCCCAAAAGCAGAAUUACUUCAAGCUGCAAGCUUAAUCAUUUGGGAUGAGGCCCCAAUGGUUAACAAAUAUGCAUUCGAGGCACUUGACAGAACAUUACGAGAUAUUAUGAAGGUGAAGGUAAAGGAUAGUAUGGAUAAACCAUUUGGUGGAAAAACUGUUGUAUUGGGUGGAGACUUUAGACAAAUAUUGCCUGUUAUAUCGAAGGGUAGCAGGGCAGAUAUUGUUAUGGCCACUAUUAAUUCGUCCCGUAUUUCGAAUGAUGGUGAAAGUGAAAUCUGUAUACCAGAUGAUUUUUUGAUUCAAGGUUCUUCAGAUUCAAUUUCUGAUAUUGUUAAUUUCACCUACAGCGACAUCUGUCAAGAAGCUGUAGGUGUGGAUUAUUUCAAAGACAAGGCAAUUCUUGCCCCAACAUUGGAUGCAGUUGCGUCUAUUAAUCAGCAUGUGCUAUCUCUUAUUCAGAGUGAAGAAACGACGUAUUCAAGUUCUGACACCAUUUGGAAGGUAGACGAACAAGUUGGAAUUAUGGCUGACUGGAUAACAACAAAAUUUCUAAAUGAUAUCAAGUGCUCUAGUGUACCUGAUCAUAAAUUAGUGCUGAAAAAGGGUGCUCCAAUCAUGUUGAUGCGUAACCUUGACAUAUCAUCAGGAUUGUGUAAUGGCACUAGAUUAAUCGUGGAGCAUUUAUGCCCAAAUGUCAUUGGUGCUACUAUUAUUACUGGUACGCACACUGGCAAAAAGACUUUUAUUUCCAGAAUGGAUUUGAUACCUUCAGACCCCAAUCUGCCAAUCAAAUUCAUGCGUCGUCAGUUCCCAGUGUGCCUAUCAUUUGCCAUGACCAUAAACAAGAGUCAGGGGAAGAGUUUAUCUCAUGUAGGUGUAUAUCUACCGAAGCCUGUUUUCUCUCAUGGUCAACUCUAUGUUGCUGUUUCAAGGGUGAAGUCAAGAUCUGGGUUAAAAAUUCUCAUUUAUGAUGAUGACAUUAGCAAACGUCAUGUCACGAAGAAUAUUGUGUACAAAGAGGUGGUGCAUGGUGGGACAAAAUUUGGAUUUUAUCAUGGAGCAAAUACUGGUGGUGUAGAUGAGGAUGACUACAAGCCUGAUCUCACUUCAUAUGUUUAUGUACCUUUGGAGCACUUGAUUCGCAUCCUCCCUAUUCUUAGCUAA